ACCCCCCGUCAACCUUCAGUUCUGAAGCUACUGCACAGGAUCAGUCAUUCAGUUUAUAAUCUUACCAAAUAGAGUAAAUCUGCAUUGGGUGGAUUUUUUAUUAUUUUAUUUGUCGAUUUUCAUCACUGACCUCGUUGCUGACGGUAACAUUAAGUUGUAUCCCGUCUUGUCUUAUUCCACAGGGCUCUGAGUCAUCUGUCGAAAUGCAUGUGCUGCUUCUGAAAGAACCAAGAGAGGGAGGCUCUGGACCAGAUCCUUACAUCAAGCUGUUCCAGCCAGAACAACAUGGAGGGCUGAUUUUUACCAGCCCGAGGGCGGUGGAGGCAGUCAAAAUGUGUCUUGAAGAGGAUGAAAGAACGGAACAGUGGAACAAGGACUUUAAAGACAAAUGGAAUGCCAAGUCCAUCUAUGUUGUUGGGAAGGCUACUGCAGCGUUAGUGGAAAACCUAGGUCUGAUCCCCCUGGGAGAGGACACUGGGACUGCAGACGUUCUCUCCCGCCUCAUCCUUCAACGAGAGGACACCAACAUAUUACCACUUCUCUUCCCCUGUGGUUCCAUUAAAAGAGACGUUUUACCUACUGCUUUGAGGGAAAACGGAGUUCCUCUAGACACACUGAUGGUUUAUCAGACAUCUCAACAUCCUGACCUGGAGAAGAACCUAAAGAACCAUUUUACAGAGCAGGGUGUUCCAGCCAGCAUUGCUUUCUUCAGCCCGUCGGGAGUCAAGUUCUGUUUGGAAACGGUGAGAAGACUGUCAGGUSAACAACUUAAGCAGAUCAAGUUUGCAGCCAUAGGACCCACCACAGCAGAUGCCAUGACAGCAGAGGGGCUAUCGGUCAGCUGCUCKGCAGACAAACCUACAGCUGAGCACCUAGCCACAGGGAUAGCAAAGGCUCUACAGUGACAGACUGACGAGACAGACCACAAACCAACCUGAKAACGUGAUCCGUCCCCCAUCACUUUCUCAAUCAACCUCUGUGAAAUGGAUUGUGCUAUUGCAUUCUUUGGGAUUGKUUUAUCUCUGUGAAGUAUUUGCUAUUAUUUGUGGCUUUUUAUGUCAUAUUUUGAUCCCGUUAACCAUCUGUAUAUUUAUUAUAUUGUCAUGUGUUGUUGUGCACKAGAUAUUGUAAUGCUUUAUGCCUAUUUGUUGACACUGAAUGUAUCAAAUCAUGCUCUUAUAAACWUGUGAAUACACUGAGCUGAUGGAAGUAUUGUUUUUAUGGUAAAA